CAGAAGAGUCGCUUAAAAGCCUCCCCAACCUGCGACGCGCUCACACGACAAAUGCACGACGUUAGAUUGGGUGGAGGAAGUCAGUCGUAUGUUUGGUGCAUGCACGUUUAGCGAUUUUUAGUGGACUCAUUCCCCCCAAAAUCUCCAGUCACAAGCCGCCAUUGUGGACCUUGUCGCUUGCAGGACUGCUGGAAAUCCAGUGGAAUCCCUACGAACUCCCCGAACCGAAGAGCAAAAACGCGCUCCCAGCGGGCCCCACGGGUACUUGCACCGCAAAGGUUCGGCGGAAGGCAAGGUAACUCGACGUGCUUGGGUGGGACACAUAUGAACACCAUUGCAACCCUGUCCGGAACACGACGGCAUUCCCUCAAUUUCCAUCAUUCGCAACGACGCCAACAUCACCAGCUCUCUCCCCAGUCGUCUAUAGUGCAUCCGCGACUGAUUUAAUUUUUGGAAUCGAUACAGCCGGUCCAAAGUGCACCGCAAUCAAUCCGUCCGGCCCGCUCACGCUCCAGCUGUUGCCGAUCCGCCCGCGGCUGAGCCUCGACCCUGCAGCCAGCCUCGUCUUGGUGCAUCUAUCCUGCAACAAACCUCGGCUCUCAGUCCACCACAUCGCCCUUGGCUUAGGUCUCAGCACCAUCUCAUUUCAUUCACCGCCAUCAUGUCUUUAGACCUGGAAAAACACCUGACCUUUUAUGGUGCAUACCACCAUAAUACCGUCAACAUCGGCAUUCACAUGGCAUGUGUGCCCAUCAUCUUGUUUUCCGGAUUUUGCCUUGCCACCAACACAGGAACUCUCAUUCCACUCCCUAGCUGGCUCACCGUCCCUAAUCUAGAUCUCAACUUGGGGACACUGGCAGCCCUGACUUGGGGUGGUCUGUAUGUUCUUCUCGAACCAGUUGCCGGCACGCUCCUGGCCGUCAUUUGCUUGGCCGCCACUGCCGCUGGCAACCACUUCAGGGUUGAGAACCCUACCUUGACCAACCAGGCCGCCAUCGGCAUCCACAUCGCCUGCUGGAUCUUCCAGUUCAUCGGGCACGGCGCCUUCGAGGGACGCGCGCCGGCGCUGUUGGACAACCUGGUUCAGGCUGUCUUCCUGGCCCCUCUCUUUGUUUGGCUUGAGUUCCUGUUCAAGCUUGGGUACCGUCAGGAGCUCAAGGGCCGCGUUGACAAGGCCGUCGAGAAGGAGAUUGCCAAGUUCAGAGCCUCCAAGGCGAACGGCGACGCCAAGAACGGCAAGGCCCAAUGAACUCUUUGCAGACCAGCCAAUUACAAAAUACUUACUCGGUCUUGCGAUGUGAAUUCAACCAAACUCACACACUUAUCGGAAACCAGACUACAAGCGCUAGCCAAGCGCUUACUACUCCGCCUACUUACCUACCACUGAGAGAGAUGAGCAAAUUUAAGAAGGCUGAGAAGCCAUCACUGGGAGGCCACGAGCGAACAGAAGAGAUAUUGAAGGAUUGAAGGCCCCACGGCAUGGAAGCAUUCGGGCAGGAGCCAUCACUUCAUAGGCGGAGUACUUUCAUCAGAUACCAAUUUGAGCUUACGCGUAUACAGAUUGUCAGUCGUUGGAUCUGUUACCGGCCGAGUUGCAACACUUUAUGGUCGGAAAGGAGUUUCCUAUUCGGACCCCUUUUUCGCGUUGCUUGCUGUCGGUUAUCGUGUUCUUCUUAUUUUUUUGGGAAGGGAAAGAAGCCUCUAUUUGUCCAUGUCAAUUAAACAGGGAAACCGCUCAAAACACAUACAUAUUUCAACAAACAUGAAG